AUGACGGGACUUAAAUACCUCUCCGAAGCAGAGACGCUAAUGAAGUCGAAGAAAAAGCAUUCGAAGUCAGCCCAUAAUGACAAGGCUCCAGCCACGCCCACUUCUUUGCCGCCUGCACAAGUACCUCUACCUUCUACUCCUAUCUCUGCUGAGGAAGAGAUACUCAAUCGGCUACUGGGUAGCUAUCGGGACCUUGAGGAUGAAGACAAUUACCCCAACCCUGCGCAGGUCCAGUCAAAGUCGAAACAGAUUUCUACACCACGUCCAGCGAUGACUCCUCAAGGCCAGCCAGAGCUGCCGGACAAGACGAAAAUGAAGGGAGCAGAGCCUAUUGAGGAUGUACAGCCGACGUUGCCUUCUACUAAGAAAAUGCUUGUUCGCCGCGCUUCACUUCGACGCGAUUCACUUCGACUCGGUCAUCUUGCCCGUCUCGCUCUUACAGAUGAGAGUAAGAGGCGUCUGUCCAGCAUUGUGGAGUCUGAAGUCUCAUCAAGCACAGAGCGAGUUGUUACCAUGACACUGGCCGAGGUUCCAAUGAAACUCAUGAGUCCACAUGCCCAGAUCAUCGCUAGAGGAGAGCCAGAGCGCCUCGUAUCAUUCAAGGUCAACUUUCACCCCAUGCUCGAUACAAUCGGUAUGUCCGUGGCGAUGGCAAUACACCAGGGCUUUGCCGUCCCAAUUGAUAGACCCAUGACGCCGGACACUAUUGCGGUGCCUGCGGCGAGCCGAUUGCAGGCUAACGAUAGAACACCAGCCGAUGCUUCGCGUAACUUUUCUCGUCUGCAGAGCAAGCUGAACCAGGUUUCUUUGCCGGUAGUAGCUGAAACAUCUGAUGCCACUGAGUAUGAAAUCAGCGGUGCUUUAAAGCCUAUCCAUGUUGGUAAGGUAGAUCUUGUCCCCCGGGCGGCUGCAACCCAUUCCAACAACCUGAAGGAAAUGCUGGGGAAGUAUGAAUGCUUCAAUGCAAACCUAACUGUCCAAGUCGACAAAGAGAUUGCAGCUUUGAAUAACAUCGACAGCUCUUUCACCAUCGGCGACAAUUCAGAAACUCCUGUGCUUCCGGAGUUCAAUUUCCAUCGUGCAAGUGGUAAUUUUGGGUCACUCUUUGACCGUAGUGUUGGCAACCUCAGGACUAAUGCUGCAGAUGCACUGAACUUGCCUGGUUUCGCACAAAGAGGUACGUCCUCUGAGAAAGACUGUGGUGGAGGUCUUCAGACUUCAUCCCACAAGGAUACGAACGAUGGCGGCAAUGCUGUAAUGGACCCUAGUAACACUCUGAACAUUAUGACGGACCUUGGUCAGGGAACUGCAGAAACAGAAGCAGAAAAGGAAGGGGGAAAUAUCACAGACGAGGGCUAG